AUGUCAAAAAAGAGAACCAUAGAUUCGUUUUUCCAGGUCCCUCCAAAGAAGCCCCGUAUAGAGGAGACAACAGAAGAGACAAUUGAAACAACAAAUCAUGUCCAAUACCCAUUUCCUAUAAAAAACUUACCACCUUCACUGGCUAGAGACAUCGUGUCUCUACCCGCCCGCCCGGGGAAAGAGAUCAAUGACCAGCCAGACCUUGAUUUGCUGUACUUUCAACCAUAUAUCCCCUCUUACAUGGCCAAGGAGUUCUUUGAAUUUCUUCGUUUAGAACUUCCGUUUUACAGGGUAGAAUAUGACAUCAAGCGAGGAGGCAUAUCUACACAUAUAAAGACGCCGAGAUGGACGACCGUAUUUGGAUUGGACGAUACAUCAAGAUUCGACCAAGAUGGAAUCGUGGUUGAUUCCAAGACUGGCGCUAAAGCCACGGAUACGAGCUACAACAAGUAUCCUCCAAGGCCAAUCCCUCAGUGUCUCGACGGUCUUCGCAAGACCGUAGAGGCCGCAACUGGCUGCAAGUUCAAUUUCUGCCUUGUGAACUACUAUGCCUCGGGUUCAGACAGCAUCUCCUAUCACAGUGACGACGAGAGGUUUCUGGGGCCAAACCCUGCGAUUGCCUCGUUUUCGCUUGGGGCUCGGCGGGACUUCCUCAUGAAGCAUAAGCCGGUCCCGAGCCAGGGACAGACGGACGACAUGUCCGAAAGCAAACCGCUGAAGCUUCAGCUGGCCAGCGGCGAGAUGGUCUUGAUGCGCGGGUCGACACAGUCGAAAUGGCUUCACUCCAUCCCGAAGAGGACAGGAAAGAACCAGGACGACGGCGGAAGAAUUAACAUCACUUUUCGAAGGGCAAUGAUCAAGGAAGGGACAAACAACUAUUAUAUUUAUAAUGUGGGGAGUGGCCCUGUCUAUCGAUGGAAUGCAAAAACACAUGAGAUGACAAUAUGGCAGAGGUGA